AUGCUCUCGUCAGUCGAUGUACAGUCGGGCGACGUCUCCCCUUCGACGGCCACCAUCACCACCACUGCCACCACCACUACCUCGACAAACGCCUCUGAACAGUCUCUCCACGCCAUCACACUCUCUGUGCCCUCGACAGACGACCUGAAGACAAGCCUGCUGCCGCCUUCUUCGUGUCCCGUGGUCGAUGUAGAUAUGGACUACGCGGCUGCUGCAGACGAUCCAGACUUUCUGCCUACGCAUUUCAACGACUUACCCCCAGAGAUACACGAGACCAUCCUCGACCAUAUCCUUGGAGUUCGUGGCUCAACGCUUGCCUCCAUCACCUCUGCAACUGUCACCACCUCAAGCUGGAGCAAGGCACUCCGACACCCUCGUAGAAAGGCUUUGUCUGACCUCGCCCUGGUCUCACGUGCGUACAGAGCACUCGUCCAGGGCAGGAUUUACCGUCAUAUCCAGAUUAAGGGAACGACGGACUGCCUGGUAGAGUGUGCCAAAUGGUUCGACGCACACCUUCACCUUAAACCAUACGUCAGGCACAUCGAAAUAUGGGUUCCCGUCUGGGGCGAUCGUCUAAGGAAAUCCCACUUCUCGCCUCCCAGCCGCCGGGAGAGUGGGCAGGCUAACUUUGGCGUCAUCGAAACCAACACUAUGGAGUCCUACAUGCACGGCCUGGAUGCACUCUCCAGUAGCCGAACGAACUGCAACUUCAAAUCGGCCAGUCACAAUGCCACCUUACAACAGAUCUUUGAGAGCGUCGGGUCCCAGUUCCCUGACGCAAAGAUGAUGACCCUCGAAGGUGGACACUGCAAAAAGCCACCUAUGAUCCGACACUUCGAGAGUGAUCCGUGGGGGGACAGCGGACUGGAGUCGCUUACUCCUCUCCCAAAUAUCCAGACCUUCAUCAUGAAAGGUGCAUGGAACAUCAUGCGCGACUACAGCCAUUGGACCAAUCUGUCCACAGCCUUGCCAAACCUUCGCGAAUGGCACUGCUUCUACGCCAAGUCCAAGCGCGAAGCUCACAUCACCAUCUCAAAGGUUCUCAGAACAUUUCCGCCUCAGCUGACCCGUCUCAACAUCAGCCUCGACGGCUUCUGCAGUAAGACGAGCUCACGUGGCUUUCUUAACCCGCAAGACGAAAAGCAUCUUUGCCGACUAUUCGGCGCCAUCCUCCCACAGCUGGAGUCCCUGACUUUUACCGGCAAAGUCUGUGCCAGCCUCUUCCUCUCCGGCAGAGCAGCAGUACUAUCCUCCCAGCGAAAGUCAAAGCUGAAAUCAGUCGACCUCGUCGUCAAGGCCUGCUGCUGGGGCCAUGAAUCUGACGAUGGCUCCCUCAUACCAACCGACAUAUCCGGCAUCACCAACAUGUCCUUCAUCAUCGAGUUUGAAAAGCUAGUUAUCGCUGCCAUUCACUCGCUGGGCGCUUUACCCGCUCUUCAAUACAUUCGUAUCCGAUUCAUAGACCUGGAUUCUAUCUGUGGCCUUUUGAACCCUUAUUUCCAACUAGUCGGCAACUCCUGCACGGGCGUCUGGAGCGAAGCUAUUCUUAAAGUUCUCGAAGAAAACAGACCAGAGGCUCAGUUCGCUGAACUGAAUAACGGUAUUCUUGAAGAUUACGGCAUCAACUCGAGAACAGGCACUCGAUCUUAUCCACGAAGUCGCCCUCUUAGCAUCAAAACGAGCUGCUACCGCAUCAUCGCCGAUAAAUCAAAGCCUUGA